AUGCCAGGUCAUGGGGAUGAGUUCUUCUUCUCCUUGGUCCUUCCUGCUCUGUGCAUUUCUUGUGCUUACAAUUUCUCUGAUGUUUACGUUUACGUGACUGGCUGUUUCUGGGACAAUCGUCCUUCGGAAGACAAUUUUCAAUCUCUUCCAUUCUCUAGUGUCGGUUGUUUGGUUAGUAUCUUUGGGAGGUUUCUUGUCAUCUGGUGUUGUGUUGUUGUUAUUGAUUCUGUUUUCGCGGGUUUUGGACCAGGUGUCGUCUGGGGGGAAGCUUCUGCCAAUUGCUGGCUCUUUCCGUUGAUGUCAGCCUCCUGUAUGUACCUUCUUUUGCAGGGUAGUUCCUUGUCUUUCCCUCCCCGUCUUUUGCAAUCCCUUUGGCUUUGUUUUCUGUCAGGCUUCUUCUUCGUACUUUGUGUCUUCACUUCGCGAAGGCGUGUGGACAUGCUUAGUGGUAUCCAGCCCUUCUUGGUGUUCGUGCUAACAGUACGCGAUGUAUCUGGUGCGGUAAUGUUAUUUCUACCACACCCUCCCCCGAGCUACAUGCCCGGGGCUUGCGCUUGUUCUUCUUAUCGGGGGGUGUGGGUGUCUUUCUUCUCGUCUUCGACCAUUUUGAAUGGGAGUAUCAUGGUCCGACUUCUUUUUGGGAUGUUCGUGGUGACCCAUGUGGCGAUUUCCCAUAUUGGCUUUGCUCGUGUGUUAAUGGUUGUGAUCGUUGUUGAACCUUUGGUUGUUUUGAACUUGACCGUGCCAUGUAUUGUCGAUGGGAUAGCCUAUAAUUGA